AAACAAACCCAGUCAUUUACGACAUGGCGCUUCGCUUUCAUUAACCUGACUUCGAGGAGGCAGAAGGUUUCCUAUCUCAUUAUCUGUGUGGUCCUUAAGCAUAUGUCCGUCGCCAACUCGUCACUUUUCAUUACCACCCACCUGUGACUGCAACGCACUUUACUCAACUGCAUACACUUUAUUCGUAUGACCUGACCAGCGUGUAGGCGUAUUUGUUCAGACACCAUCAGCAGGUCACGAAAUUACCUGACGCGGAAGUUAACAGUCAUGGGAGGACUGUGCUCCUGUCUCUCGCCAGAUGUCGAGCAGCGACAAGAACCAUCGCCACGCACUCCGCUUCUAGAUGGCACUGAGCCAACCACACAAGAGGUUUCCAACAUUAAAUCGGUUAGGAAGCAACAGACAGCUGGGAUAAAACACAUUUCGACAUCCGUGGAAGCUUUAGUCCCAGUGUCCUGUGGCAAAAUCGCCCUUCCAUUGCUUGACAAAACAUUCCAGGACCACAGCAAGCUGUAUAAUGACCUGCUGAAGAAUUUUAAUCUGCUACGGCAAACAAUCGUGGACUUAAAAAUCUUGACAGUCGAAGAAAACAAUGUCCAUGCAAGCUUAGAAACCUGUAUAAAGAACAUAGUCUCUAUGUGUGGUCAUACUGAACUAAAGGUCAAACGAUCCAAGUACUGUAUACAACUGGAAUAUAAUGUCAAAGAUGUACCAGCAGAAGCAAUAAAAGCUCUCAAACUUUACAAUGAAUCCAACAAAUUAUGCAGGGAUAUUUUUGAAAGAUCCUCUCAGAUAAAACGUUCGAUGGAGAUAGUUCUUGACGAUGAACAAAGACUUAGAUUGGAGGUCUUGAAAUCCAACCUUGACAGCAAAGAUGCUCCAGAAGCGAUGAAAAUUUGCAUUGCAAAUGUGAACAAACUUAGACAGCUACCAGGGGCAAUUGAACUUAUUCACGCACAAACCGAAAAGAUAUUUAAUGACAUCAAAGAAGCGUCCAAAGUGUUUUUUCUAGAAUGAGAGCAAAUGGUUUCCACUACACACGUGUAGGAUGAUCAAAUGUCAAGCAUGUUAAUUAUUAAUAUAAGUAUGUCUCAGCGGUCUCAUUCCCUCAAUAUUGUUUUGGCUUGCUGUGUGUGCAUGCACGUGUGUGCACUUAUGAUCUGUUUUGUUUUUAUUACGUACCCUCAAAUUAUUUUCAGCCACAAGGCCUGACAAUGAGUUAAUUAACAGGUUUUGAACUUACUGUACAGACAUUAAUUUUAGUUCAGAAUUAACAUGUCUUAUACGGCUAUCAGGUAACAUUGUGAUAUCGAAUAUCACUGAAAUGUGCAAGGGUGUGAAAACCGUAUGCACAUCUAAUUCUUGGUUAUUUUUUAUAUUUAGACGUCAAACAAUUAUGUUAUAUAUUAAUAAAUAUAAACGUAAUGUAUAUUAGCAAAUAUUUAGUGAAAUAUUUAUCAUAAUAAUUUUACUGCAUACAAAACUGACUCUCAUUAUUUAUCUUGUCUCUAAUAUUGCGUGUUAUUAAUAGCAUGUUAUAUUAGCAAGUUUGGACAUCAUGUAUUCUUACUGGUUUCUCGCCUUCAGUUAUGCAUGAAGGAUCGCAGUUUCGACAUUUAAAAAAAAAAACGAUUACAAAAUUAGUCGGGCGUAUUAGCUCCUAUUGUUGUAGGGGGUGGGGGUGGGGGGAGGGUGCAGGCUGGCUUUUGCUCGAAUUAAUUGCUCUUUAAUGCAUGUUACCAUCGUUUUAUUUCAGACUCGGCUUUCUCGAGAUAUUACUCGUAGAGCAUGCCGAAAUCUACAUGUCCCAACCAUAACGAAAUAUGUCCCAACCAUAACGGCUAUAUAUUAUUAAUAAACAUCAAUAUUAGUACUCUAAUGUUUGUCAAAUAUUAGUUUGGUAAUAACAAUAUAUAUAUUAAUUACAGAGCUUUGACUGUUCAAGAUUAUUUACAUGAUUUGGAAUAGAAAUUUGCAAUAGACGUGUUGUGUGAUUGUACAAAAAUAUUUUAAAACAUUAUUUGUGGAAUUUAAGCAAAAAAAUAACUGUUAUUUUCAGAAGGUCACUUCUUUAUCUUCACAAGAUAUCAAGUUGUGUGUGUGUGUGUGUGUGUGUGUGUGUGUGUGUAUAACACAUUUGACAUAAAUUUAGUUGUCUAAAUAGUUGUUUCAUGUCUAAUUAAAAUGGAAUAGAAAAAUGUCCCAAUCAUAACGGACAGCUGGCUACUAAGUUUGUGUUAAAACAAUCGUAUAAAGAGAAGCUAUUGUUGUAUAAAAAUUAAUUCCUUUCAUCGGUCAGUCAGGUCACUGAGGUGAUGUCAAAUGUUUCCAAUUUGAAUGUAAAAUCUGAGACGAGUUAACAUGUAUAGAAAUGUGAUGUGAAUAACGAGUAUUUUGGAUACAUGUUCUGAAUUUCUCUAAAGCUUUAUUAUUGUCAAUAUUUGCUUUUUAUUUUAACUAUUAGAAUGUACUAUCGGUUUACAGUGCAAAUUGGAGUAAUUAGGUUGUUUGAAUAGUUGUUUUAUGUCUAAUUAGUGUGAAAUAGGAAAAUGAUACAUUGUAUGAAUAUUCUUAUAGUUAAGAUCUAUAUAACCGUACGGUGUAUCUUCACAAAACGUACAAGGGAGUUCGACGUUAUCCCCAGUGACAUGUUAAACUUUUUUCCUGUUCAAAACUAUAUUGAAGGUCUUUUUACAGAAAUGCAUUAAAACACUGAUUCAGAAUGUAUAGCUUUUUCUAAUUAAUUACGCCAGUACAAUGCAUACAUGGACUAUACAUUGGUGUAUUUCUGUUGAAAUGUUUGCAUGGGAUCAAACCAUAGCCUUGAAGCAGAAAAAUGUAAUAUAUUUGUCCACACACUUAUCUUUAUAGCUGUCCAAAGUUUCGCAUUCAAGUUGAAAAAGGAACUCAAUGUAGUGGUAUAAAUGCAUGUUUUUUCCAAUGGUAAGCUUGAUGGCAUGCAAAUAACUUUUUUUUUGCCAAAAUAAAACAUGUACCCCCAUCCAAAAAUGGGUGAUUUGUGCAUGUUUGAAGAUUAUUUUUUUUUGAAUCAAAAGUCACGCCUUAUCUGCACCAGGCCAUAACAAAAUGUAUUCAUAUUAGCUGUACUGCCAAACAGCUAUAUAGGGCUGCAAAUGAACCACUACGCAUUUUUAUAUAGAUUACAACCAAUUUUGAAUGAUGUACCCACCGAGAUUAGCGAGUCACUUGCUCUGGUUUGGAGCUUAUACUUGAAUGAAAACUCCCCUAUUGCCUCAUGUGGGAUAUGAACCGGUUCCUACCAGCCUCGAGCCAGGUGGGCUAACCACUAGUCCACUGCCACCAAUAAAUGCAAAGGACUAAAUGGGUGACAUGUAUAUGCCCAAAUCAAACGUUCUAAAAGUACCCCCAUUAUCCAUGUGCACGAUACACGUACAUGCAGGGUAACCUCUUGCACUCGCCAAAUUUACCAAUUGGUAAUUUAAAAAAAUUUUUUUAUUUUAUUUUAAUUUUGUUAAAUAAUUCCAUGUACUAACUGAUUUUUUUUAGAAAAUAAAUGGGUUCAUGCCAUUUUUAAGCUCAAAAUGUUCUACUCACCCAGAGCUAGCUCUAAAAUAUAAUGUUCAUCUGACAUUUGUUUUUACCUCGCCAAAUUGAAUAAUCGGUAACAAAUGAGUGUGCAAGAAUAUAUCAGCAAAGUUUAUGGGGUCACCUGAAAAAUAUAUUGGAAAAUACAAAAACAAAUUUGCUUCAGUGGGAGGGGUGGAUUUUUUUAAAACAACUGAAUGUACAUCAACAUAUAUUUGUGUUGAAAUGGAUAAUAAGAAUAAAUAGUACAAACCAA